GUUUGCUCUAUGAAUAGGCAACCUAUGCUACGUCCGACCAUAAUAAAAGCCUGUCAACUCAAUCGGAGUAGUCGUCGCUCUGAAACAUACAGUCGACUAAUCCCUUGCGUCUAGUUGGUGGAAAUCCCCACGUGGUUCCCACUUCUCUCAACAAAAAAAAAAGAACAAGAAAGAAAGAAAGAAAAACAACUUUGGAAUUGCGGAGCCCUUGUCGUGAUUGCAUAGGGGAAAGGGGUCCCAAGCAGGAGCAUCUCGCAGAACAAAAACGAGCUGGUCAUCUGCAGCAACGCACUCGGACGCGCGAUCCGGGAAGCUACCGAAAACCUUAUUCCCUCUUUCGAAGUGGUGCUGGAGAAGAUGAGUUCCUGCGUAUGAAUGAAAAAGAGCGGACUACACACAACUGGCCAUGUAGAGAGAGUUUUUACUUCUAUUUUUGGAGAGAUCACUGAACGUCUUGUUUCACUCAACGUAUAUUUUACCUGCGAGCCAAGUCAAGACUCGUUGUUGGACCACCCGCUGAAUGCUUACUUCAUGAGUGGAGUUCAUAAUUUCGCAAAUUAGACGGCACUUGAAGGCUUAGAAUUUUUUCAUUGACUUUUGGACUCGGCGGUUGUGCUCUUUCGGAAGUCGCAGAUUAAAAAAAAAAAAAAAGAAUAACUGUAUUGCCACAAUUUAUUUGAAUUCCUUUUCUCUUCUGUAGAGUGGACUUUACUGUUUCCGUUUGUGAAAAUGACUCCAGCCACUGUGCUGAUGUUAAUUGCCUGCGCUUUCUCGGUGCGCUGCAGCUCAGUGCCAGAGACUUCGAGCUCGCCCGUGGAGUCGUGCGCGUCGUGCGGCUUCAGGGCACCGGAUCAGUCCGAACGAGUGAACGUCGACUUCUUGGAGGCGGUCAAGAGACACAUACUGAACAGGUUGCAGAUGAGGGAGCGACCUAACAUCACCCAUCCCAUCCCAAAAGCCGCGAUGGUGACAGCGCUGAGGAGGCUGCACGCCGGUAAAGUGCGAGAAGACGGUCGAGUGGAGAUCCCCAGUUUUGACGGACAGGCGUCCUUCAACAACGAGGUUCACACGGAGACCUCGGAGAUUAUCAGCUUCGCCGAAAGCGCAGAUGAGUACACAUCAUCAAAGUCCAGUCUUUAUUUCCUCAUCUCCAAUGAAGGCAACCAAAAUCUGUAUGUAUCCCAAGCAAACUUGUGGCUCUUCUUUCGGGUGUCGCCAACCGGUCAUGAGAAAGGCUUGCGAAGGAAGGUGACAGUGAAGAUCCACUACCAGGAAGCUGGAGCUGUGAGCAAUGUCGAAGGAGUGCCAGGAGGAGGUGAUGGCGGGGUCACAGGGCACUGGGCCCUGGUGGAGAAGCGCGUUGAGCUAAAACGCAGCGGUUGGCAUACUUUCCCCCUCUUAGAGGCAGUCCGGGCAGUGUUUGGCAAAGGUAGCCGUCGACAGGACCUGGAGGUCCACUGUGAGGGAUGUGAGACGGCGGGAGUGGCCCCAGUGCUGGUGGACCCGGGUGACCCCUCCCACCGACCAUUCCUGGUGGUCCGUGCAAGACAAGCGGACGGAAAGCACCGCAUCCGCAAGCGGGGGCUGGAGUGUGACGGCACCAGUGGGGGUCUAUGCUGCCGGCAGCAGUUUUAUAUCGACUUCCGUCUUAUCGGCUGGAACGACUGGAUCAUCGCCCCUGCGGGCUAUUACGGCAACUUCUGUGAGGGCAGUUGCCCAGCUUACAUGCCUGGCGUGCUGGGAUCGGCUUCAUCAUUCCACACAGCAGUCGUAAACCAGUACCGCAUGAGAGGAAUUAGCCCAGGUUCGGUCAACUCCUGCUGUAUCCCCACCAAACUGAGUACUAUGUCUAUGCUCUACUUUGACGAUGAGUACAAUAUCGUCAAGAGAGAUGUGCCCAACAUGAUUGUGGAAGAAUGCGGCUGUGCUUGAGUCCACUUUGGCCCUCAAUUCUCUCUGGACUUCCAGCAAGGCCUUUUUUUUUUCCUACAACCGGACCCUUUGUACAGUAGACAUAUACAGUACAAGAAAUGUAUUGCAACUGUAUGUGCGGACGAGACACGCUGUAGUAUAAAUCCGGUACCAAAAUGUGCGGAAGUUUGGUUGCACAUGUUCAUAUGAGUGUAUGUAUUUAUCGGACUGAGUGAUAUGCUUGCUGUCUGACCUGGUACUAGACAGCAUUGGGAGGAGAAGGGAAUGAAGAUCACCAAAUGGUACUUUAGCUGUACUCUGCCAUUUUAAAUUAAUAAGUAUUUGGGCCCCACGCCGCCACCUGAAAGCAGACAAGAAGCAUUUAAGGAAAGUAACAUGAUCAGCCAAUGACAUUAUUGGUGUUGUCCCCAGACUCCCCAACCUCUCCCCCAAGCCCCUAAGUAUUUUAAGCACAUGGCAGACUUUUUUUUUUUUUAAGCACUGACAGUUCAUCAGCUUACACGAUUCGGAACACAAGCACUUCACUAGAAUGCCGACAGACACAGUCUGACUGUCCUCUGGUGGAUUUAGACCAGCAGCGCUUAAUGCCUCACAGGAUUAUUCCCUCCGCACUGCAGCGGCAAAAGAAAGUCCUCCACAGAGCUGCUGUCAUUAUUUUCAAUGUUAAUUGCAGGUCUUGAACCUCAGCGUCCUGCUUAUCGAGAGGGUUUGCAGGGCCUGUAACCAUGAGAUGACCCGGACUAGACAGAUCUCAGAAGUGCACUUGACUAGUGCACCGGGACAGAGCUCCUUCCCUCUGCCCGUUAAUGUUUUGGGAUACGGAGACACUAGUUUUGGUGGGUCGCCACAGUGCAGUGCAGCACUUGUAGAAACUGAAAUGCACAUCCUGAUUAGCACUUGUAUAAAGAAUUGCCUUCCGAGGGGUACCGAGUGUCCCGUCAUAUCAUAUUAAGUAAGUGCCACAUGAGCUAUGCAAUGUAUAGUCAACUGUACCCGUACUCCAACAUGUCCUCUUAGACUGAAUGAUCUUUCUCUGAAAAUUUCUUUGUGUCUUGUGUUUGCUUUCUCACCCUUUCCCGCUUUCAGCCCUUGACUCUUAAUCAAUACUUGAAAUGUAAUCUUUCGCGUCCUUUCUAAGGCGAAUGAUUGUUGUGAUGUUUGCACUGAAAAGUUGCAGGAUUAGUGAAACAAAAACUGCCAUUGAAAAGUUAUUUUUUAUAGUAAGUAAAGAAACUGAAUUUUGUGUCAGAGGUAUUUUACAUAACUAAUGGAACCAAAGAGGCCAUGAUAUUAGCUAUUGUACCAAGAGGGCAUGGUCACAGAGUGUACGAUACUGUUUUGAUCAUUCGCAAAAGGCCUACUCGUAUCAGGGUACAAUAAAUGAUUCUCUUUGUCAAUACGCAACACUUUUCAUCUUUAGUUCUAUUUUUUUGUUUCGGUUUUCUAUUUAAUAAAAUACUAUUUUAGUUGCUGUUUCAGAAUUAUCUAGCCAAAUAAAUGAUGUCUGUACAGUUUAUGUUUUCUUAAAAUAUUUUGGAACUGUAAAACGGACUUUCUGUGUCUUGUUUUUUUUGUUUUGUUUUGGGUUUUGGCCAUCACGAAAAUGGGUUCAUAUGGAGCUUGAAUCUGUCAGGCCUUGGAUAGGCGUUUUGGUCAUAUAACCCAACUUAAAAGGUGUGGCUGAAGGUGUUGGGAACUACAAGAAAAACACGUGCUUCACGCUUCAGCCCGAGCCUAUACUGGUUGCAACACAUGACUUGCCGCCAUCUGUCAGAACUGAUUACCUCCCAUUAUCUAGAGCCGUAAUUACAACGAUGAUUAAGGGUUUCAGUGUCAGGUAUAUUAUCAGCCAGCACGCAGAUUCACAUUCCUCCUCGAUUCCAAUUUGCCUGCAGUGUGCACACAGCAAUGUCAUUUCAAUCGAAUAUACAGUAUGUCAGUGAAGUGGCCAGCACCGUGCCUUGUUCAAAUGUCUGCCAAUGGAUUUUUGCUUGCAAUGUUUCUGUUUCACAAGGUAGGCUUAGAGAAAAAAAAAGUCAGGUUUCUUGUGUUGUCAUCUGUCUGUGGCAACACCUAACAACAGCAAGAUUAUGUGCACUGUUUUGGCUCCAUCCAAACAAGUCUGUGAUCCAAUCUAAUGAUAAAUGCUUUAAAAUACUAUCACGGCUGGAAGGCAAAUAGCAUAAGGGAGGGUUAAGUGGAACUAAAUACCUGUACCUUGAUGGAUAUAUGACUCACCAGAUGAAGCGACGGAAAAUCAAAAGGGAGAAAACUAAUGAGAACCCCCCCCCC